UGGUACCUUGAUAACCUUUUUGUAUUUAACAAGGAGGAGCCAAGUUCAAGCUUCAUUACUAUUUGCUUGUUUUUGGCUGUUUCUCGUGUGAAUUACUCGAGAAAAUCAUCUCUUGCAAACGUGUAGCUUUUUCCAGUUCAGUGUGUGUUUUUCUCUGUUCAAUUCCAAAGAACUUGAUCACUCCCACUGAAAACAAACCUUAGCAGCUCAGAAAGAAAGCCAUGGUGGUCGGAGAUUUAUUCAGCGGCGGCGCCGUCGGAGCAGUACUCCAAGAGUUGCUAAAAUCAGCUCUAGAACUCAUCGACAAAGGUCGAGAUUUCAAACCUUCCAUUGAACGAAACAUGGAGACUCUAGAUGCUUUAACUCCUCUGGUCGAAGAAAUCAAGCGAUUCAACAACGAGUUGGAUCGUCCCAGAGAGGAAGUGGGAAAAUUGGAGAGUGAGAUUAUUGCCGGGAAAGAGCUUGUGAACAAGUGUUCCAAGUUUCGGUGGUGGAGGUUGGUUUCGUUCCCUCGGUACCGUGAUAAGCUUCAUGCGAAGGACAAGAAGCUUGUGAGGCAUGUUUCAGUGGAUAUGCAGGUUCAGAUGGCGAGGGAUACGAAGGAGACGCUGUGUAAGGUGAGGGAGAUUGUGGAGAUUCUGAUGAAGGAGCUGCGUUUUGGUGGGAAUGGGGGAGUUUUGUUGAGGGGUUUGAGUGGGGCUCCUGAGAAACCUGAGUUUACUGUUGGGUUUGAUGAGCCUUUGAGGAAGUUGAAGAUUGAGCUGAUUAAAGGUGGAGGUGUCUGUGUUUUGUUGGUGACUGGUUUAGGAGGAUCAGGGAAGAGUACAUUGGCCAAGAAGCUCUGUUGGGAUGACCAAGUUAGAGGCAAGUUCGAUGGGAACAUCUUCUUUGUGACUGUCUCAAAAACACCCAACUUGAUGACCAUUGUCCAGACUUUAUUUGAACACUGUGGACAGCAGGUGUCUGGGUUUCAAAGUGAUGAAGAUGCAAUUAACCGGUUGGGACUUUUGCUGAGGCAAGUUGCAGUUGGGGGAAGUCCAAUAUUGUUGGUUCUAGAUGACGUUUGGCCUGGGUCUGAAGCCCUUGUUGAAAAAUUUAAAUUCCAGAUACCAGAUUACAAGAUUUUGGUUACUUCAAGAGUUGCAUUUCCAAGAUUUGGCAAUCAAUACCACUUGAAGCCACUUGAUCAUCGUGAUGCAGUGUCCCUCUUCCAUCACUUUGCUGAACUCAAAUUUACCAGCUCAUACAUGCCUGAUGAAGAUCUUGUCCAAGAGAUAGUGAGAGGUUGUAAGGGCUCACCUUUGGCCCUUGAAGUCAUUGGUGGAACUCUGUGUAAUCAGCCUUUUGAGGUCUGGGAAAUUAUGAUGGAACGGUUGAAAAGUCAGUCCAUUUUCAAGUCUAAUAAUGACUUACUUAGUCGUCUCCAGAAUAGCUUGGAUAUAUUGGAGGGUGAGUCCUCCAACAAGGAGAAGGAAUGUUUCAUGAACCUAGGGCUAUUUCCUGAAGACCAAAGAAUCCGUGUGUCUUCCCUGAUUGACAUGUGUGCUGAACUGUAUGGACUAGAUGAGGAUGGGAAGAAAGUCAUGAACAUUAUCCAUAAUUUGAAAAACAAGAAUUUAGUCAAUGUCAUUGUUAGAAGGAAAGCUGCAUUGGACACAGAUUUGAACUACAAUAACCACUUCCUCACGCAGCAUGAUCUCCUUAGGGAGCUCGCCAUCGACCAAAGCAGUCAAGAACCCUUUGAUCAGAGGGAAAGACUGAUAAUUGACUUGAGUCGAAAUAAUCGUCCUGAAUGGUGGGUAGGACAAAAUCAACAAGGUAUCAUUUCCCGUGUAUUCUCGUCAUUCUUUCCAAUAGGGUGGAUGAACCAGAAGCAAAGACAGGUGGUUGCGCGUACACUGUCUAUUUCAACUGAUGAAACAUUUGAUUCUGAUUGGUGCAGCAUGCAACCUAAUGAAGCUGAGGUUCUGGUUUUAAACAUUCGGUCGAGCGAGUACACCUUGCCAGAGUUCACUAAGAAAAUGAGGAAACUGAAAGUUUUGAUAGUCAUAAAUUACGGUUCUCAACCUGCUGAAUUGAACAAAUUUGAGCUACUCGGUUCAUUACCUUACUUGAAAAGAAUUAGGUUGGAGAAGGUUUCAGUUCCUGAGCUAUGUGAACUGAAGAGUCUGCGUAAAUUAUCCCUUUAUAUGUGUAAUACAAGGGAAGCUUUUGAAAGCAGUUCUAUCCAAAUCUCAGAUGCACUGCCACAUCUAGUGGAGAUGAACAUUGACUAUUGCAAUGAUUUGGUGGAGUUGCCUCCUGAGCUAUGUAAAAUUUCCACCUUGAAGAAGCUUAGCAUUACCAAUUGUCACAAGCUUUCUGCACUACCCCAAGAAAUUGGAAAGCUUGAGAAUUUGGAACUGCUAAGGCUUAGUUCCUGCUCUGAGUUGCUCGAGAUUCCAAAGUCCGUUGGAAGACUUCGUAAGCUAAGCUGUCUUGACAUCUCAGACUGUGUAAGCCUUAAACAUAUACCAGAUGACAUUGGGGACUUGCAUUGUCUUAAGAAGCUGUAUAUGUUGGGUUGCUCAGGGUUGAGUGAAUUGCCAAUCUCGGUGAUGAACUUUGGAGAGUUAAAACAUCUAAUCUGUGUUAUCUGCGAUGAAGAGGUGGCUGCUUUGUGGGAAUAUUUCCCUAACCUUCCCAAUCUGAAGAUUGAGGUGUCCAAAAGAGAUAUUAGCUUGAACUGGCUUUCCGGAUGUCGUUCCAAAGACUAAGUUUCGCUUGAGUUACUCAAGUGGCUUGCAGUCAUGUAAAUGUUUGAGGCAUUGUUGUUGUUCCUUAUAUAUGUUACCUUUUACCAUCAAUUUUUUAAUGUAAUUAUCAUGUAGAAACCGGUGAUUGGUUGUAUAUAGUUGAUGAUACGGUUAAUCCAUUACACUUAUAUUGUGCAAUUAUUUUGGCA